GCCAAGAGGAGGAACGAAUCAGAGGGGGAUCGCGUGGGGGAAAAAUGGACCCGGCGCUUUACGUCUUGGCGGCGGCGCUGCUGGCGGCGCUGAUCGUCUUCGUCUCCCGCGUGAGGGGACAGGCGCGCGCGGCUGAUGAUGAGCACCAGCAGAAUGUGGCGACGUUGGCAGUGGGGAGACCUCAGCCCCACGCUCCGGAACGGGGGGAAGGGAUGCCCAGGCGCCGGAGGAACAUGAGGAGCAGACUGCUGGCUCAGAGGGGGUUCCAGCAGGCGGAGGACGACGCGGAAGAUGCAGAUGACAACGAUGGCGCUGAAGCAGGAGAGCCCCAAGUUUCCGGGAAGAUUGGAGCAAAGAAACAAAGGAAGCUAGAGGAAAAGCAAGCCAGGAAGGCGCAGCGAGAGGCUGACGAAGCUGAACGCGAGGAGCGAAAGAAGCUCGAGCAGAAACGGGAGGAGGAGCGGCGCAAAGAGGAAGAACGGUUACGCCAGGAGGAGGAACAGAAGGAAGAAGAGGAGAAGAAGGCUAAAGAGGAGGAGGAGAAGCGAGAACACGAGGAAUAUCUCAAGUUGAAGGAGAGCUUCGUCGUGGAAGAAGAAGGGUUGGAUGAAGCCAUGUCAGAGGAGGAGUCUCGCAGCUUCCUCACGGAACUUCUCAACUACAUUAAGAACAUGAAAGUGGUUCUUCUGGAGGACCUGGCCUCUCACAUGGGGUUGAGGACACAGGAAGCGAUUAACAGAGUACAGGACCUGAUGGCAGAUGGAACGCUAACAGGCGUCAUUGACGAUCGUGGCAAAUUCAUCUACAUCACACCGGAGGAGUUGAGAGCGGUGGCCGAAUUCAUUCGCCGGCGAGGCCGCAUCUCCAUUACCGAACUGGCCCGGCAGAGCAAUUCUCUCAUCAACCUGGAACCCGAGGCCAGAGCGGUCGCUAAGGGAGCGGCCUAAAAAAAUCCGAUGCCCCGCUAUGAGAAAAUAAACCGUGGUCAGAAACAUGA